CUGAUCAGUUUUGAGAUAAUUUUUGUCUGACUUUUUUUCCUCAGUAAAAGAUAACCAUAGCAUUCAGUGCACAGUGACUUCAGUUUAUAAAGCGUGUGUUAACAUGCCGAAGCUUUCCGACUGGAGUCCCGUAGACAUGUUGCUAGAACUGUAAGUGUUCGCAGUGGGACGUGGUAUUUGUUCCCUCUCUGUGGGUUUUGCCUCCAACUUCGUUCUGGCUUGGUGUGCUAACAGACCCUGCAUAGAGCGGGAGUAAUGACUGUAGGCACCAUAGUUACAAUUGAGACUGUAGCAGGAUUUUUAUUGGUUAAGGACAAGCAGAAUUUCAAUUUUUAAUUUCAGAAAUGAAGAUUUUUUUAAGAAAAAUUUUUCUUCAAACCUUGACACUUUGAAUACUUAAAAAGCACUGGAAAUCAGUUGUUUCAGUUGCUAUACUACAAAGGAACAAGGAGGAUGAUCUUUUACCCAGUAGUUCUUUGAGGUGUUCACCUAGGAGCUUUAAACUGAUGCCAUCUAACAACCUCAUGAGUGCUUUAACUGCCGACUUAAGAGGUAAUUCUUGAGUGAGGUCUUGAAAAGCUUUAACAGAAGAAACCUCUGCUAUAUGAAGCGGUUUAGAAGAGGAGAUCAACGAAUGAUGGAGGUGUUGAGGGCACUUGCCCUGCUGAUAGUCCGGAAUCCCGUCUCACAGUGAGGAUGUGCUAUGCAAAGUGUGUGUCAAUAAAAAGACUAAACACGGUCCAGGGAAGUCUUACAGCCUGGUAGUUAAUUUGUUCUGGGAGAGGGCAGAGGGUGGAUUCAUAGCUAUUUAGGCAGAGGGAAUUGGAUUGUGCUCUCCUACUUUCUGGGUGAGUAAACAAGCUAGAGUGUAAGUCAUAAUGUCACCCGUUUGAUGACUAGUUCCCCAGUGUGUUUUUCCAGCUGCGACUGGCAAAUCUGACCCCAAUUCAGCAUUCUGGAAUGGCUUGCAAUUUGGUAAAAUUCCUACCAAAAAACCAAACAAAAAAAAAAAAAAACCCACACCAAACUAUCUGUUUCUUCCUAUAACACGGAACAAGAAUGGUAUUUUUAUUUUCUGAAGAUUUCUUCAGUCAUUUAAACAGAUCCAUCAAAGAGGAGAGAGAGAAUUGCUUAUCCAGUUUAUCAGGGAUGGAGACAGGUGAUCUUUUCCUUCUUGUUGAUGUUACCUACUUAAUACUGAAUAUGAUACAGUCUGGCACAGGAAAAUCCUUUAUGAUCCUGGCCAUGUUUGGUUCUCGCCAUAACUUGUUUAUCAUCUUCCUCUAAACUCUUUCCAAAGUCCAGACGCUCUCUUCUUUAUUGUGUACACAUUGUCAUACAAAAAAAAAAAAAAACAAAACCAUACCCAAAACCUAUUUACAAUCCUAUUUUCCUCAUUCCUGAAACCUCCUAACCUGGUUGACUUGUUGGAGUGCAUUUCAUGCAUUCUUAGCAGAUAGGCUGAAGGAAACGCCUAGUUCACUUGCAGCUAGAGGCUAGAAAGCAUGUAGGGAGUUCAUGAACGUUGCUUGUCUCCUCCUGCAGUCGCUGGAGAGUGUACAUAGCCUGCUGGGGGAAGGAUCCCAAACUGCCGGACGCGGCAUGACCGUCCCACGUCUGGAAAAUCCUACUGUUGUAACACCGCUCGUGACAGUGAGUUAAGGUAGAGCAACUAAUUACUCUUGGAAGUCUUUUCCUUGUGGAGGUCUGUGCUGACAGUGAUCAAGGGACUGUUCGUCGUUGAAAAUGGAAGAGACAAGGAAGCUCUCUCCAAAGCCAUGUAAAAGCAAAGAACCUGUGAAAACAGAAUGGGGAUCUCAGAGUGUUGUAUUUACGUAUUUUCAAGGGGAUAUUAACAGCGUGGUAGAUGAACAUUUUUCUAGAGCUCUAAGCAAUGCCAAGAACCCACAAGACCUGAGCACAAAGCACAAGGGCGAGACUGCUGUCCUGAAGAACGAUAACAUGUCUCCCCAUCAGUGGAAUUUCUCUUCACAUUGCUCCAAACCAUAUCCAUCAUCUUCUGCGACAAGCAUGCCAAAUUCUGGUCUGAAUUUUUCUGCUGCUGGUAUGGCAGGCCAAUACCACCCAUCAGCUCUGCGGAGUCAUCCAACGCAACCUGCGGAUUUAUGGCCCUUCCCUUCAAUUGGGACUCCCAGUCUUACAAGUUCAGCGUAUCAUCAUGCCUUGCCUGACCUGCACGUGGUAGAUGAACCGAUCUCUGGCAGGAAAUACGGUUCUCUUCUUGGACUUCUGGAACAGGAAAGGUGCCUAACAUCCAUGCAAGAAUGUACCAUGAAGCAACACUCAAGUUCUGCUUGUAUGACUGGACCUGCUAGGUUACAAAAUAUAAGUCAAAGUUCAGCUCCUGGGGGAGAGAGGAAAGCAAGCUCUUACCAAAGCUCAGAAAAUCCCGGUGUAAGCCAUGGCACUGCAGGUAUUCAGAUUCAUGACAGAAGACAGGAUUUGUACUUCUAGCAACUGGAUGUUUCUACUUUAUUCUGAAAGAGAAAGUUCUUGCUGUGAACUUUUAUUAUUUGCAACUGUGAAUCAAGAAGAAAUGAACUGCAACUAUUCUGUGCUUUUUCUCUCAGUUGGAAGAAUACGUGUAUUAGUUACUAUUCGGGGAAUGCAAAAUCAUCUUUUUCUACUCACUAAAUAAUUUCUAAUAGCAGUGGUAUUAAACCUGACAGUAUGUUGUGAAGAAAUACUGUCUACUUCAGGCUUUUCAUGUAGCCCUCUUGAAAGAACUCCUAGCACUUUCAUCCUUCUGUGUUUUUGUUUACCAUCUCUUGAUAAGAAGCACAAUUUUUAUUCAAUGCAGUUGAUAACUGAUAAGUGCAGGGAUGCAGUUUGCAUAAAUUCAGUGCUGCAGCUUCUUCGCUUAAUUUAAUAUCUCCAUAUCGUUUAAAAUAGUUUUAGACCAUGGGCAUUUAGACCAUGAGACUUACAGAUCAGCAAAGCACGUUAUUCUAUUUGUUUUGAAAUACAGUAAUUUGUGAUCAUACUCACAUUCUUCAGUAACUAUAUAAUAUGCAUAUGCCCAAAGACUAUUUUGCUUCCCAUAAUAUAUAAUCAUCCUCUAAAAAAAGGUGAAUUGACACUAGAUCUGGGAUGAAAUGUGGAUCCUCAUGGGAUGCAAUUAAAAUACCAUUGACCAAAAAGCUGGAGGUGGGAAUGGUCUAUUUUCCCAGUCUCUCUGCAGGUAUAAAAAGUUUGUGGGGCUGAAUUUUAAAUUACUGAGUUUGAAAGGCUUGGCCACCUGAACAAGGAAAAAUCAAUCCCUUCGUGGUAACUGCAUCCCACAGACCUCGGAGAGGCUGACUGGGGGUGGUGUCUGUGCUCCUCUGUGCAGAAGUGGCAGCUAUGAACUGUAUGUCGAUACUGCACGUUCAGAUUCGUCCCCCGUCCGUCCCCGUCCCCCCCCCCCCCCCCCCCCCGCCCACCUCACUUCACCACUUGCCCUUGGCAAAUAUGUUUGUUGAAGCUACUGUGAGUAAAACCUCAUGUGACUGAUGUUUAGGUUUGUAUAUGUAAUCCCUGCAGUAAGAGAGACGGCUUAGCCUUUAUGGUAAAUCCUAAGGAUAAAAAAAAGAUUUGGGCGGUUGUUCUUUUCCUUCUCCAUUAUCUAUCGAUUUAUUUACUAUAAAGGAGCACAAUUAACUUUUUCUGACAGCUAUAUGCAAUUGCUUAAGGAAAUUUGACCUUUGAGAUCCUAGAGCUUGUGAUUUUGUAGGACAAAUCCUUAGCCAGUAUAAGUGUUUGUGACCGUUUACACCACAUAUCUCUAUGCUGCCACUGGUCUAUGUCAGUUAUAAUACCCUGUGUAAUUUUAUAAAUAAUCUGAGUUCAGCAACUUUAGAUGUUUAUGGUACUGUCUUAAAAGAAAAACUGAGAAAAUAUCAUCUUGUACCUUCCAAGUUUGCUCUAGCAAAUACAUGAGUUAGACCAACCUGAGAUCACAUACAAGUGGACCUAUUUUAACUAAAUUAAUAAAAGGUAGAGCAACAUCCUGCCCUCCCUAUAGAUGAGCACUGGAAAAUCACUUGUUCUCAAUAUUUCUGCCAAAUUGCCUUUUUUCUCCUUUAAGUUUAGGAAUACCUCCCCAAGUAGUUUUCUUCUGCCAUCCCAGAUCACUUAAUUCCCUGAUUUUUAAGGCUCCAUGGAAAUAUAAUCUGACUUUCUCUUUGGGCCGAAGCAAAGAUUUCCAAGCCAUACUCUGUACAUCUGUCUUACUAGUGUGUGUUGUGAUUCCAGUGGAGUUACUGCUUCAAAAUAGUGGAGUAUUAUUUUUGCCUCCCUCUGCCAUUCCUCCUAAAGGAAAAUGCUUAAAUAAUUUCUCUCUAAGGUCUGAAAAGACAUAUAACAGUAUAUUUCUAUGCUCUUAAAAGGUUUUCUUGGAACGGUUUGGUCCUGUGCGUGUCACAGCUGGGAAUAUUCAAGGUGACUUAUAAAAGCCUGUGUUUCUGGUGAGCUGACCAAGUGGGGCCGGGCAGUGCGAGGCAGGGAAAACACCCCUUGGUUUUAUAAGCACAUGACUUACUGCAAGGACACCGAGCACCGGCAGCUCUGCCUUGAGGCAGUAAUGCUUUGAGCCACUGCUGCAAGGUGUCCUCACCACCUGGUUGUGUGUCACAUCUGGGAAAGGGAGCCAGUGCCCGGGCAGCCCCAGUGCUGGGGGUUUAUCCUGGACCCCCCCGUCAGCGCUGCGAGCCACGGUCUGGGCUCUGCACCAGGCACAGGGGUGCCUGCUCUUCUCCCCAGCUGUCAGAAGAAUGAUGGCUUUGGGGCAGAGGGCAGGGGGCAGAGGCUCUUACUGCUCUGGUGUUUUAUCUUGCACCACCUCAGCAACACGCACCCAGAGCAUGCCUGGGUUUGUCAACGUCUCUAUUUUCUUCUGCAAUAAACAUAGUUAACCUA